GUCCACUCUUUUUCACUAAGUCGGUCGAUUAAUAUCCAAAAACAAAACAAUUAUUUAACAUUCCACGUGUACACAUCACUGGCCACGUGUCUCUCCACCACCAGAGCCUUGGCCUCUUUGCUUCUUCUUCUCUAUUAAUAUCAUCAUCUCCUGAUUAUACUCUUCUGACCAAGCUGCUUCUUCAACUUCUUCUCCAUCUCAAAUUUCAAUAAUCUUGUUUCUUCGUUCCUGUUUCGGACUUUUGUAAUGGAUUCUCAGGACAUCAGAUACCGUGGCGGAGACGACAGAGACGCUGCAACAACGGCUAUGGCUGAGACAGAGAGGAAAAACGCUGACGACAACAAAGGAAAACGCGAUCAAAAGAGGGCCAUGGCGAAGCGCGGUCUGAAAUCUCUGACUAUAGCGGUUGCGGCUCCUGUGCUCGUGACGCUCUUCGCCACGUAUUUCCUCGGCACAAGCGACGGCUACGGAAAUCGAGCUCGGUCGUCGUCGUGGAUCCCACCUCUGUGGCUCCUACACACCACGUGUCUCGCGUCGAGCGGUCUGAUGGGAUUGGCUGCGUGGCUUGUAUGGGUCGACGGUGGCUUCCACAAGAAGCCCAAUGCUCUGUAUCUUUACUUGGCUCAGUUUAUGCUCUGUUUGGUUUGGGAUCCGGUUACGUUCCGGGCCGGGUCGGGAAUAGCCGGGCUUGCGCUGUGGUUGGGUCAAUCAGCUGCGUUGUUCGGAUGUUACAAGGCCUUUAGUGAGAUAAGUCCGGUCGCUGGUAAUCUGGUAAAGCCGUGUUUGGCUUGGGCUGCGUUUGUAGCCGCUGUUAAUGUAAAGCUUGCAGUCGCGUGAGAUCUGUAAACGCCACCAUGUUUGUAGAGUCAUAUGAGUGUUUUCUUUCGUUUUUGUGAUAUAUACAUAAAGAUGUCAUUGCCAUCCAAUGGUCUACUCAUUGUAGAGUAAUAGACAUGAACAUGAUAUACUUGAGAAAUAAUGUGAUAUCUCUGCAUCUUUUUUUUU